AGAUAGAGAGAGGAGUCCAACCCAUCGGGGCUGGGAGAUGGAAGGAAGAAAUCGACAGGCUCGGCGAGAUGUGAGGGCGACGGGGAAAUCCGACAAACACUCCGCUUCCGUUGCGUUCCAUCGAACCUGCCAUCUCUGUUUGUUUCAGUCAAACAGUUACAGGGAAAAAGGUAAGUUUUGAAGCUAAUUAUGCGAUUUUUGUUUCCUUUCCUAUUUUGAUCGUCUUCUCCGCCUUUCCCUCGGGCCUGUUCACGGCGGAAACGAAGAAAAAGAGCCACCUGCGGUGCGGAAAGCUCCGCCGCACGACGAUGGACGACAAAUGAUCCGACAAAACCACGGAUCAGUCGUCUCCCCUCGUGAUUCCCGCGUCAAGGUGGAAUCCUGAUCCGGUUCCUGCGAUCCCCACGGCCGCUUUCCUCUGGGGUUUGUCGGUGGCUGGGGUUUCUGUUCCUCCAUCUCCGUGGGGAUCCGAUCGUUUGUUCCCGUUUCUGGCUAGCUCUGAAAGGCGGCAGAUUUGGUUCCGGUAAAUCGGUGCAUCGAACAGUCCUUGCAGAAUUCGGAAACGAGAUUGAUUCUUUUUGUAAGUUUUAGGGUAAAUCGGUGCGUUUUACCGGAGCUUUCCAUUUGAAUGUCUGGGUUCCUUCUUUCUUCCUGGAGAGAUUUGCUUGAUGGGAUUUCAAUGGUCUUGCAAUCUCAAUUCCUGAAUGAAUGCAAAUGGAAAUGAGGUAGAGAUUGUCCGAAAUUUCUGCUUAUGGGCUGCCUGUGUUCCAAAGGACUCGUCCUCGACGAAGAUGGUGUGACACAGAGAGCCACAUCCUUGAAUCAUCUUGUCUCGCUUUCUAAGAAGGACGAGGUCGUGGCUGCCAUCAUCAACGUCGCACUCAGCGGAAGCCAUGGUAAUUCAAGAUUCUUAUCCAAAUCGCGGGACAAUGCAGACACCGGCAGUUCGUCUUCUUCAUCCUCGGAUGAAGAAGAGAAGAAAGAUGCCACAACCUUCGAUUCCACGAGGGAAGUCAGGGCGCACCAGAGGCGGGCUACUGUGGAUGUUGGGGCACACAGAGAUGGUUCCGGAGUUAUUUGUGUUCCAAAUAACAUAGAAGAUGAUUUGGGGAUCGUCGAUGUGCCCGACGGUAUUGCAGGAGAGCAUGCUGCAGCAGGCUGGCCUUCUUGGCUGGCGACUGUCGCCGGUGAAGCUAUUAGUGGUUGGUUGCCCAGGAAAGGAGAUUCGUUCGAGAAAUUAGACAAGAUUGGAGAAGGAACUUACAGCAAUGUUUUCAGAGCCCGUGAUCUUGAGACUGGUAAAAUUGUUGCCCUCAAGAAAGUACGAUUUGUUAACAUGGAUCCUGAAAGCGUCCGCUUUAUGGCAAGAGAAAUUCAUAUACUGCGUAAACUUGAUCACCCAAAUGUUAUAAAGCUUGAAGGUAUAGUAACAUCACGGAUGUCGGGCAACUUGUAUCUUGUAUUUGAGUACAUGGAGCAUGAUCUUGCUGGGCUCUUAGCAAGGUCUGGUCUCAGGUUCACUGAACCACAGGUAAAGUGUUAUAUGAGGCAGCUACUUGAAGGUCUUGCUCACUGUCAUGGGCGUGGUGCUCUGCAUCGAGAUAUCAAGGGUUCAAAUCUGUUGAUUGACAACAAUGGCAUACUCAGAAUAGCAGAUUUUGGACUUGCAACAUUUUUCAAUCCUGAGCAGAACCAGCAGUUGACAAGCCGUGUGGUCACCUUGUGGUAUAGGCCUCCUGAGCUUCUGCUUGGUGCUACAGAGUAUGGUGCUGCUGUUGAUUUGUGGAGCUCUGGUUGCAUCCUCGCAGAGUUGCUUGCUGGCAAACCCAUCAUGCCCGGAAGAACCGAGGUGGAACAACUGCACAAGAUCUUCAAGCUGUGUGGUUCACCAUCAGAAGAGUACUGGGAGAGAGAAAAGCUGCCACAUGCAACCGUAUUCAAACCUCAACAUCAGUAUCGACGCUGUUUUGCUGAGAUCUUCAAGGAUUUUCCACCUUCAGCUUUAUCUCUCCUGGAUUCUCUUCUUGCGAUAGAACCAGAAAAACGGGGAACUGCAGUCUCAGCCCUCGAGAGCAAAUUCUUCUUGACCAAGCCAUUUGCCUGCGACCCCUCAAAUUUGCCUAAAUAUCCACCAAGCAAGGAGUAUGAUGCUAAACUCCAAGAUGAGGCAAGGAGGCGAAGAGCAGAAGUUACCAACGGACGUGGAUGUGAAUCUGUCAGACCCGGAAGGCGAGAGUUCAAAGCAAUGCCAGCUCCAGAUGCCAAUAUAGACCUGCAGAAGCUACAGGUUCAGGCAAAUCCCAAAAGCAUCAGUCAUAAGUAUAAUCCACAAGAUGAAACUGGGCCUGAAGCAACAGCACGAAAUGGCUUCUCUCAUUCUGGUGUGCACCCUAAUGGACUGGGACCCUCAUGGACCAGGAAAAGGAACCAGGAACAGCUCCGGCAAAUGCCUAGCCGAACAUACAGUUCAGUGAGGGUGUCAAAUGGUCCUCAAUUGAAAACGCAGAUGUCAUACAGGCCACAGCCAGGGGUUGCCGACUUCUCUGACAUCUCAGGUUCAUUGGCGGCAAGAAACACUGCAAACUCCACUCAUAACCGGCUUGCUGAGCCUGCAGCAAGGCAUGCACUUGAUAGACCCUCUACCCAUAAGAAAGAUGACUCUCUAGGAGGCAAGGAUCCGACAACAGGAUAUGGAACUCGAAUUAGACGAAUCCAUUACUCGGGUCCUUUGAUGCCCCCAGGUGGAAACAUCGAAGAUAUGCUCAAAGAGCACGAGAGGCAGAUCCAACAAGCAGUUCGCAAAUCACGCAUCGACAAAGUCAAGACGAAAUUUUGAGAACCAGUUGUAAUAAUAGCCUUACUUGGCCGCCAUAGAAAUGAUAGUGGCAGUAGAUUUAGGUGGUGACUUUGAUACACAUGUACAUUAUGAAACAAGAUAUUAUGAUAAAAGAAAGGUAAUUUUCACCCAAG